AAUUCAAGUAUGCAGCCACUUUUCCAUUCGACUGUCAAUUGAAUACGACUUUUGACAACUGUCUAAAUUGAGUUCACUUGCAGUGUGUGUUGAACAUCCGAAUGAGAGCCUUUGUGCACUUUUGGAAAAUAUUUCAAUUCAACUGUUACAAGUGAGCGGAAAUAUUUUUGAGCCCACCAAUCAUGACAUUAAUCAGAUUUUUGCGCCCAAGCGGCUUGAAGUCAUCGUUCGGCGUGUUAAACACCCUGGUCCGAGGAUAUUCAUCGAGUUUUAGCGAAUUCAAGCGGUUGGAGAAAAUCCGGAAUAUCGGUAUUUCGGCGCACAUUGACAGCGGUAAAACAACUUUGACCGAACGAAUCUUGUUCUAUACCGGUCGAAUUGCACAAAUGCACGAAGUUCGCGGCAAAGAUAAUGUGGGUGCCACGAUGGAUUCAAUGGAAUUGGAACGUCAACGUGGUAUUACAAUUCAAUCGGCGGCUACUUACACGGAUUGGAAGGACAUUAACAUUAAUAUCAUUGAUACACCGGGUCACGUUGAUUUCACCGUUGAAGUUGAACGAGCGUUGCGUGUACUCGAUGGUGCCAUUUUAGUAUUGUGUGCCGUUGGUGGCGUUCAAUCGCAAACAUUGACAGUGAAUCGUCAAAUGAAACGAUACGACGUUCCGUGUAUUGCUUUCAUCAACAAGUUGGAUCGUUUGAGUGCUGAUCCAUACCGUGUAUUGCACCAAUUGAGAUCGAAACUGAACCACAACGCCGCCUUCAUUCAGCUGCCAAUCGGUUUGGAGAACGAUUGCAAGGGAAUCAUUGAUUUGAUCGAACAGAAAGCAUUGUAUUUCGAAGGUGAAUGCGGAUUGGAUAUCCGAGCCGAUGAAAUUCCGGCCGACAUGAAGGAAGAGUGCACACAAAAACGCAGCGAACUCAUCGAACAUUUGACCAAUGUGGAUGAGAUUCUGGGUGAUAUGUUUUUGGAGGAAAAAGAAAUCACUGUGAAUGAUGUCAAAGCCGCCAUUCGAAGAACAUGCUUGAAACGAACAUUCACUCCGGUCAUGGUUGGUACAGCACUCAAGAACAAAGGUGUUCAGCCGCUGCUUGAUGCUGUCGUUGAAUACUUACCACAUCCAGGAGAAGUUACCAACGUUGCACUCGUUGAAAAAGAAGGCAGUGAAACGGAAAAGAUUGUAUUGGAUUCAGCUAGAGAUGGAUCAAAACCAUUCGUUGGAUUGGCAUUCAAAUUGGAAGCCGGCCGGUAUGGACAAUUGACAUACAUGCGCUGCUAUCAAGGCACUUUGAAGAAAAAGGACAGCAUUUAUAAUACACGCAGCAAUCGGAAAGUUAGAGUAUCACGAUUGGUGAGAUUGCACUCCAACCAAAUGGAAGAUGUUGAAGAAGUUCAUGCCGGUGAUAUUUUCGCCCUGUUCGGUGUAGAUUGCGCCAGUGGUGACACAUUCGUCGUGGACCAAAAGUUGAUGAAUCUAUCGUUGGAAUCGAUGUAUGUGCCCGAACCCGUUGUUUCCAUGUCAAUCACACCUAAAGAACAAAAAGAUCGUGAACGUUUUGCAAAAGCUAUUGACCGUUUUACUCGGGAAGACCCUACAUUCCAAUAUUUCUUCGAUACAGAUAGUAAGGAGUCAAUAGUUUCAGGUAUGGGUGAAUUGCAUCUGGAAAUUUAUGCACAGCGAAUGGAACGUGAAUACAAUUGCGCAGUGACAUUGGGAAAACCAAAAGUCGCCUUUCGAGAAACACUCAUGGAACCCUGUGAAUUCAAUUACUUGCAUAAGAAACAAAGUGGUGGUCAAGGACAGUUUGCUCGUGUUAUUGGAACAAUCGAAACAUUGCCACCAAAUGAAAACACUCAAAUCAAAUUUAGCGACAAAACCGUGGGUACAAAUGUACCAAAACAAUUCGUGCCCGGUGUGAAACGAGGUUUUUUGGAAAUGUGCGAAAAAGGUUUGCUCACCGGAAAUAAAAUUGCUGGCAUAGAGUUUCAACUGAUUGAUGGUGCGCAUCACAUGGUUGACUCCAGUGAAUAUGCUUUCUUCCUUGCCGCCCAGGGCGCUGUGCGUGAUGUUUUCGAAUUUGGCAAGUGGCGCGUUUUAGAACCAAUUAUGUCGGUCGAAAUCGUUGCACCAAUGGAGUUCCAAGGCCAAGUCCUUAGUGCCAUUUCAAAGCGUAACGGAAUCAUGACAGGCCGGGAACAAACAGAAGGAUGGUUCACCAUCUGCGCUGAAGUUCCGUUGAACAGAAUGUUUGGCUAUGCAACGGAAUUGCGUUCACAAACCCAAGGCAAAGGUGAAUUCAGUAUGGAAUACGCACGAUAUGCUCCAUGCACACCAGACGUUCAAGAGCAAUUAAUUUUGGACUACCAAAGAUCGCUGGGAAUCGAUGUGGACAAAAAGAAAAAGAAGAAUAAAUAAUUUUCUGUUUUUUUAAAUAGAAUCGUCAUAUAAUUUGUACAAACCGUUUGAAAAUAUUCUUUGUUUUAAUUGUUUAUAUCAAUCACGGAUGUAAAUUUACAUUAUAAUUUAAAUAAAAGCCGACUAUAACUCAA